AUGCAAACUCGCCAGAGCAGAAAAGAAUUAGACAAAUUGGCCCCGAUACGUGAAUUCUUCGAAAAUUUUGUAGAAAACUGCCAAAAAUCGUACAACGUUGGAGAGUACGUAACUAUAGACGAGAAAUUAGAACCUUUUAGAGGGCGAUGUCCAUUUCGCCAAUACAUGCCAAAGAAACCAUCGAAGUAUGGAAUAAAAGUUUUUGCGCUCGUCGAUUCGAGAGUGUUCUAUACUUGGAAAAUGGAAAUAUAUGCCGGUAAACAGCCGAAAGGUCCAUUUCAAGUAGAUAAUUCUCCCAGUAGUGUCGUAAAAAGAUUGAUGGAACCUCUGUAUAAUUCAGGAAGAAAUCUAACAGUGGAUAACUGGUACACUUCUUAUCCACUUUCACAAGAACUUUUGAAAAAAAAAUAUAACAAUUGUUGGAACAUUGAGAAAAAAUAA